AUGUCAAAUGAUAUAAAAAAAUGUAAAUUUAUAAAAGAAUCAAUAAUUGAAGAACUAUGUUCAUUAACAAUAGAUUUAUUAAUAGAUGAAUCAAAUAUACAAAAUUUAUCAACACCAAUUACUAUAUGUGGAGAUAUUCACGGUCAACUACAUGAUUUAAUAACAAUACUAAAAAUAGGUGGGGACCUAUCCAAUCCAAAUCAAAAUUAUUUGUUUCUUGGAGAUUUCGUUGAUCGUGGUUUUUAUUCAUUAGAAACUUUUCUUUUAUUAAUAUGUCUUAAAUUAAAAUAUCCUAAACAAGUAUACUUAAUAAGAGGUAAUCAUGAAUCAAGAACAAUAACAAUGGUGUAUGGUUUUUAUGAUGAAUGUAUGAGAAAAUAUGGGUCCAUAAAUGUAUGGAGAAAUUGUUGUGAAGUAUUUGAUUAUUUAAGUUUAGGUGCAAUUAUAAAUAAUUCUAUAUUUGCAAUUCAUGGAGGAUUAAGUCCUGAUAUUGAUACUAUUGAUGAAAUAAGAAAAUUAAAUAGAAAACAAGAAGUACCACAUGAAGGAUCAAUGUGUGAUUUAUUAUGGUCUGAUCCUGAAGAUAAUUUACAAGGAUGGUCUAUAUCUCCAAGAGGUGCUGGUUUCUUAUUUGGAUCAAAUGAAGUUGAUAAAUUUCUUCACAAGAAUAAAUUUAAAUUUAUAACAAGAGCUCAUCAAUUAGUUAUGGAAGGAUAUAAAGAAAUGUUUGAUCAAAAAUUAGUUACGGUAUGGUCAGCUCCAAAUUAUUGUUAUAGAUGUGGAAAUGUUGCUAGUGUGUUGUUGAUUAAUGAUGAUUUGAGUAAAGAAUUUAAAGUUUUUGAAGCUGUUGCUACUAAUAAUAACGAAGCUAUACCUAGUAAAAAACCUCUUGUUGACUAUUUUGUAUAG